AUGUUUUUGGAUCCACGGCGUUUUGUCGGGCGGGUAUUCCCCAUUUUGAGAUGGUCUCGCACCUAUAACACAAGUACGUGCAUCGGUGACCUCAUCGCUGGUAUCACGGUUGCUCUUACGUUGAUACCUCAGUCUAUCGCUUACGCUUCUCUCGCUGGAUUUGAACCACAGUAUGGUCUCUACGCAUCGUUUGCAGGCGGUUUCGUCUAUGGCAUAAUGGGUACGUGUCCGCAGAUAAACAUUGGACCGACCGCUUUGCUAUCUCUUCUCACGUUCACAUACACUAACGGCAAAAACCCUGACUAUGCAAUACUACUCUGUUUUAUUGGUGGAAUCAUUCAACUACUGGCCGGCGUCGUCCAACUAGGUUUCCUGGUUGAGUUCGUAUCGUUACCGGUUGUAUCUGGUUUUACUUCAGCCGCUGCUGUAACGAUCGCGUCCUCUCAGAUUAAAGGUUUAUUUGGUCUCAAUUUCAACGCUGAGACCUUUAUAUCGACUUGGAGAGAAGUUUUCCAUCACAUAGGAAGUACGAGGUUCGAGGAUACACUGCUCGGCCUAUCUUGCUGCAUUGUUCUUAUGGGAAUGAAGGCUCUAAAGGAUAUAAAGUUUAAAGACUCACAAGACGAGAAAGCCGGUCGCACAGUGAUACUUCAGCGGAGCUUGUGGUUCGUCGGCGUGGGGCGGAACGCUUUCGUGGUUCUCAUAGCAUCGGUCGUGGCCUUCUUUGUUCAUGAAGACAGAAACAGACCGUUUAUACUUACCGGUGAUAUAACCCCAGGGCUGCCAGUACCACAGCUGCCUCCAUUCCACACCAUGAUUGGAAACGCAACAAUUUACGCAGGGGAAAUGUUGUCUCACCUCGGCUCCGGACUACUGGUGGUACCGCUCGUUGGAGUCAUAUCUAACGUUGCUAUUGCCAAGGCUUUUUCGAAAGGAAGGACUUUGGACGCCACUCAAGAAAUAGUCGCUUUAGGUGCUUGCAACAUUAUCGGCGCUUUCUUCCGUUCGUUUCCUGUGAACGGUUCGUUUACCCGAAGCGCUGUAAGCGACGCGUCGGGCGUUAGAACCCCUGCCGCUGGAUUUUAUACCGGUAUAAUAGUACUGUUGACGCUUGGUCUACUGACGCCAUACUUUUACUACAUUCCCCGCGCGGCCUUGUCCGCUGUUAUUGUCUGCGCCGUCCUACACAUGGUGGACAUCGCCAUUACCAAGAAACUAUGGCACACGAACAGACUAGAUCUAAUACCGCUACUGGGAACGUUUGUGUUCGGUCUCAUCCUGGGUGUCGAAAUUGGCUUAGGAUGUGGAGUAGCUAUAGACAUGUUACUGCUACUGUUCUACCAGUCGCGGCCACGGCUCGACAUUAGAUAUGUUAAUGAAAGUAGCUUCCCUCCGCAUUUCUCGAUGCAUCCAGUCGGCGGAUUACACUUCGCGAGCGCCGAGAAAGUUCGGUCGAAACUAAUUUCCCUGAGAAAUAGAAAAAAGAUAGAACCAUUACAGAAUCUUUCCGUGGUAACAGACGGUGUGGUAGUAAAUAGUACAGAGGAACGCAGGGCCACGUCAAAUAUCUUGGUGAUAUAUUGCCACGCGCUCUGUAGAUUGGACUACACGUUCUUACAGAGUAUCAAGAUGCUCGUUCAAGAAUGGUCGCGUAAUGGACGCGUGGUGUGGUGCGACGCGAGUCCAAACAUCAAGGAACAACUCAACAGCGUAAUUCAAGAUCCAUUGUUCUGUGAUACGGAACAACUCGGGCUCCUUUUAAUGGAAAUAACAAUGGCUACGCAAACGGGUAAUACCAGUGAUACCAGACUUUAACAUAGAAUUAUUUUUUGUUUGUUAUAAUAUUAAUUUAUUUGUAUUUUAAAAUCUUAGCAAUAGUUAUAUUUAU